GCGGCCCGGCGGGCAGCGCGGGUGGGGGGGGCGGUGACGCGCGCGGUUGUGACGUAACUGCGGGCGGGUUCCGGUUCCGGGCGGUCCUUUUCUCGGCGGCGAGGCGGCGCGGCGGCGGGGCCAGACGGUGCCACGAUGCAGAUCUUCGUGAAGACCCUGACGGGCAAAACCAUCACCCUCGAGGUGGAGCCCAGCGACACCAUCGAGAACGUGAAGGCGAAGAUCCAGGAGAAGGAAGGCAUCCCCCCGGACCAGCAGCGGCUGAUCUUUGCGGGCAAGCAGCUGGAAGAUGGACGUACUCUCUCCGACUACAACAUCCAGAAAGAGUCCACCCUGCACUUGGUGCUGCGCCUGCGCGGGGGCAUCAUCGAGCCUUCCCUCCGCCAGCUCGCCCAGAAGUACAACUGCGACAAGAUGAUCUGCCGCAAGUGCUACGCCCGCCUCCAUCCCCGCGCCGUCAACUGCCGCAAGAAGAAGUGCGGCCACACCAACAACCUGCGCCCCAAGAAGAAGGUCAAGUAGAGGCGCCGGCCCUCGCUGUGCCGCUGCUCCGGGGCCGCCGCUCCGGCCGAGCACCGGGGCCGCCGCGGCCGCCCUCCCCCUGCCCGGGGCUCCCAAUAAAGCCUUGCUGUGUGCGUG